ACGAGGAAGAGGGGGAGGUAGAGGAGGAGGAGUUUCAUGUCUGGAUGAUGUAUUUGUCUCAUCCGGUGUUAAUUAAAGAAGUGUGUGGACUUCACGCUGGGAGACACAGGCACAGACUGGGCGAGACUCUCCUCCAUGUCCGCCGCGUGGUGAUGAAGAUGAUGAUGAUGAGGGUGAUGCUGAUGAAGAUGACCUGUCAGGUGCUUUGUGCGCGGUCAUGAUGCGUUCGUGUGCGCAUUCAGAAGCAAUCACAGGACUCCUCUCCUCCUUCUCUUCUCCUGCUGUGCCUCCGGAGGUCGGAUCUCCUCACAUGGAGCCUCCCCGUGGUCUCUGACUGCGCGGCUGUCAUCUUCAUCAUCUUCAUCAUCACCAUCUUCAUCACCAUCAUCACUACCUCCACCAUGACAUGUGGUGUCGGAAGCUUGGAGCACAUUGAAAAUCCCUCUGCCGGUGUUGGCGCGUCCUUCCCACCGCUCCUCUCACUGGCUCCCAAUUAAAGAGUGGAGAUCGCGCUGAACAAUUCUAUGGAUGCAACAAUGGGAAGAAGAACCUGCAGGCUGUCGACACCCAGAGCAAAGUUGUUUUCCUGCCGUCUGUUGGACACCGUUGAUUUAGACCUUGCCAUGAGGAAGAGUUGAAAAAGAAACACAAGGAGAUUGAAUAACCCCAAAGGAUCAAGCAGAGAGGAAAUCAUGGUGAUCAGUGACAGAAGCACUGGCACUCCAGUGCCAAAAAAAGAGUCCCAGAAGAAGAAGAGGAGGAAGUCCCGUCCUCACGGCCUGCCCUCUCCAGCUCUCUGCUGUGCCUGUGGCCUGUGCAUUAUGCUGGCUGGACUCAACAUCACCCUGGUGGGAGCAUUUGCCUUCAGUACAUUGGUGCCUUCUGCCAACCCCCCCAUCAUCAUCGGCCCUAUCCUACUCCUGGUGGCCUUCACUUUUUUCGGGGCCUGUUGUGUGUGCAGCCGCCUCCCUCCACCCCACAGUUCACAGAGGUCAAGGGUGGGCGGCAGAGGAGCAGGACUGAUGGGGAACAGCAUCCUGACCGGUGGUGCGGCAUUUGAAAUUGAGACCAGUGAGCACACCCUGCAGGACACUACAGCUGUGCAGCUCAGCCCCACAUCAUCUCCUGGAUCAUCGAGAGCGUCCAGCCCAGAGAAGGAGGCCUCUGAUGCAGCAGCCCUAAAUUCUUGUAGGCUCUUUACCAUGGAGACCAAUGGCCCUUCUCCCCUUGGUGCCACCGCUGUCUACUCAGCUUCCACAGCAGCAGGAGAGGAGGUGAAACUCAAGCUGCCCCGUGACGAAGUGGCUGCCUGAGAGAAAAGAAAAAGCUCCCAAGGCCGGAGUGUUGGCAGUGUAAAUAUUCGUCUGAGUUCAUUCCACUGUGAUAAGUUCUCAGCACUAUGUUGUAUUUUCCUCACUGUGCUGCUCUCUGGUAAUUAGCAUGCAAAAUUAAUGAGCAGUCCAAGUGCUGGUUAUGAAAUUCUAAUUAAAAUUCCUCUGUGGGCAUUAUGAACAGUGUGCCGAAAUCAAACUCUGUCUGAAAAAUAAACAUUGAGUCUGUUGUUGUCCCUGUUGUCGACAUUGGUUCAAGCCCAUUCUCCUGAAAAUGGGAUGGUUGACUUUUACUGAAAAGGUUAAGAUUAUACUUUAUGUGAGGGGUCAGAAGUAAAAACCUGAGUUAAACUGGAGAGACAAGUGCACCAGGAAUGACAUUUGGCAUUUUCAUUUGCCGUUCACUGUGCUGAACUUGUUUUGGGUAGGUAGAAGUUUCUAGGUCACAGAGGCGCCAAAGCAAUAUGUGCUCUCUUGAGAUUAAACUACAGGCAUAUAAAGAUGUCUUUGAAUGUGAAAGACUAAACUAUAUUUUAACGUGUGCUCAUGCACCGCAGUGUCAAAAAGAUGCAUUGUUCGCCGUUUGGUGACAAUUUGUUGCAAUGCAAACCUUCAGAACUACACGUGGUGUCAUUCAUCAACUGACUUGUCAGUGUCACAGUCCUUCAGUAUUACCUGCGUUUGUCACUACUAUUGGAAUAUGAUCAAUGUAUGUUAAAACUUAUUAUUUGAAAAAAUAUCUGAGGAAAAAAUCCAUCUUCAAGAGC